CGAUUAUCUAUUAUGUUGUAGUUUGUUUCUAAUGGGAUUGUAUUUGCUGGGUUAUGAUACCAUUGUAGGAGAACGAGGAGUCCAAUUGUCGGGUGGUCAAAAGCAACGGGUGGUGAUUGCGCGUGCAAUGGUGAAGGCGCCAAAGAUAUUACUACUAGAUGAGGCAACGAGUGCACUUGAUGCUGAAUCCGAACGAGUGGUACAAGAUGCACUGGACAGGGCCAUGGUGAACCGCACUACAAUUGUUGUAGCCCACAGGUUAUCAACUAUUAAGGGUGCGGAUUUAAUUGCAGUGGUAAAAAAUGGUGUUGUUGUGGAGAAAGGGAAGCAUGAAACAUUAAUCAAUGUGAAGGACGGUGCUUAUGCUGCUUAUGCGUCCUUGGUAGCACUUCAUACAAGUGCUUCAUCUAAGUGAAAGUUCUUGGUACCCACCUUCCCCAAUUUUUGGUGAUCAGUUUACAUGCCCUUGUUCUUUUGUGGAAAAAGAGAGAGAGAGAGAGAACUUAUUUUCUGUGUAUUUCAUCUUAUUUUGGUAUGGAAUGUGCAAUUUA